AUGACGGUGUGUGUCGAUUCUCCUGUCAUGUGCCUUUUCCAAGAGCUGGCGUAUUGUGAAUAUCUGGUCGAAUGGUGUUCAAUAUUGCAGUUGAUAAAAUUUAAAGUAGAACUAGCUCAAGGUGGCCUCGGUAGUCUAGCUCCUAUCGUUCUAAUCGCCACCUUUCGCACGGAACGUUACUACGAUGACACUGAGGUGGCUGUAUGCUUCACAUCAGCGGACACUUUUUGGUCAGCCUUCUACUUUAUUGCUUGCAUUACAAUAUUCUUUGUUUUGCCCUUCAUUGUGCUGGUUUUGCUCUACACCGCGAUUGCAUACAAACUUCUGCGUCGCAACAUCGACUUUCAUCGACCCACCACCGCCGCUCACGUACCAUCGACCACCUGCUUAAGCUCUGUUAUACUGCGACAGCAGUCGCUGAAUAAGCUACCAUUCCAAAUGCCGCAGCAAAAUAGCGCAGGCGCUCAACAACUAAGCACCGGCAUGCGCAAGCAUCGCAAACAAGUGAUUUUCAUGUUAGUCGCCGUAGUUGCCAGUUUCUUUCUUUGUCUUUUGCCCUUCCGUGCUUUCACAUUGUGGGUUAUCGCUGCGCCCAUGGAGGAUAUCGCCGAUCUAGGCAUUGAUGGUUAUUAUGGUGUCUUAUACUUCUGUCGCAUAAUGUUCUAUCUGAAUUCUGCCCUCAAUCCAAUACUCUAUAAUCUGAUGUCAUCGAAGUUUCGCACUGGAUUCUGGCGUUUAAUUAUCUCCUGCUGCGGCCGAAACACAGAACGUACCAACGGGCGCCGUAAUAGAGGAGCUGCAACCACAACCACGACUGCAAAUAGCCAGCGUCAAAUGAGAGCCAAGCAAUCAGCAGUUUUUGACCAACGACGUCUCAAAUUCAAGCGUGAAUCAACAUUUGUGGUGAGCUCGUCCAUUUCCACAUCGUCAGGCACGGAGCGGAGCAGUAGCGUAUCGGCAAAUGCCGUUCGGCCACUUAUGGUUCAACGAUCGGUCGUAGGUUCGGCAAUUAUCGAUAUAACCCGAAGUACGGUGACAAGUGCGUGCCCAUUGGAAAGUGAUGAAUUUGUAAUGCUUGAGAAAAAUUAA